AUGAAGCGAGCCGACUAUGACUUGUACCGCAAGAAAAACGCCACCCCGGAAAGUUUCAAACUCGACCUCGUUCUCAACAAGGCCCUCAGAUUCUCCAGUUACUCCGACGAGGGCCGCGGAUUCUUCAAAGUCUACGGCGACGUUUUCGAAAAGAUAUACGCCAAUGAAGUUGCUUUCCAAGAGUUGAAGCUGCCGCCGGAUUCGGUGGUGAAGCCGCCGGAGAUAGGGGACGAGCACGGGUCUUAUCUGGUAGUGGCGCAGUUCUAUAACUACUGGCUCAACUUUGUGACCAUAAUGGACUUCAGAUGGGUGGAUCCGCACGACAAGUACGACUUGGCGGCGGCACAGACGAAGAAGGGACUGGGGAUAAUGACGCGGAAGAACAUGAAGGCGAGGAAGAAGGCGAAGAGGGUGGAGGAGAUGGAAGAGGAGAAGGAGAGGAGGACGAAGGUGAAGAAGGAGAAGAUGGAGAGGGCUUUGGAGUAUGAAGAGCCGGAGUGGACAAGGCCGGUGGAGAGGAAGAGGAAGUAUGGUGUGGAGGAGAAGGAGGAGGAAAAGGAGAGGGAGGAGUGGGAGUGCGUGGUGUGUAGGAAGGAGUUCAAGAGCGAGAAGCAGUGCUUGAAUCACCAGAUGUCGAAGAGGAGGAGGAGUGUGAAGAGUACUAGAGCCAAUGAAGUACAUAUUGACAAGCCGGAAUCGAAAUCGGAUUCUGGUGCAGAUUUUUCAUGCGUCGACAACGGGAGUGAAGAUCGGAAGAGAAAGAAGGGAAGGAAGAAAGAGAAGAGGAGUGAAAGGAAUAGCAAAAGAAAUGGUGAGAGUGAGGAUUCUGGUAUAAAGAAUUCCAAGUCUGGUGGUAGGAUAAAGUAUGGAGGGAAGAAGAGUAGAGCUGAUAUUUGCAAAAAACAUUAA